UAAUGGCUUGACGGUACUGUUGUAGCUGAUUCGAUUUGUUUUUACAUUUUAUUUUCCGCGACCGUACAGUGUGAUUUAUCAGUAACAGGAGGCAGGGCAAAAAAACAAAACAACCACACGUUGACUUGCCCCAUCAUAUGUCUUUCACCAUCGUGUCUGCGACGCUGUGGGGUUUUGCAGAAACCAACUGCACCUUUUUAUCCCGAAAUUUCAUCUUGGUUACGCAAGUGAACGGAAUUAACUGCAUCAUUAAAAGCCCGUUUCUGUAGCCCGUGGCUGUAACGCAGCGCGAAGCAUUUAAAAGUGGGUGAAAAAAGACAUUUUUGAACGCCAGCAGUUACAUACACUUGCAACAUGGCUGCUGCGGGGACGGUACUGAGAAAAGUUUAACACUGACGUGGGAGAAGUUUUAUGCGAAUGUUAGUUGGCACAUGAGUUGUCGGGCAGAUAAGAAGUCGUCGUUGGUCUCCUCCAGCCUGGCACCACUUUCCUCGGACUUCCAAACCAGUGGGUGAACCGUAUGAGAGCCUCCUCCUCUAGUCGCCGCCGACAGUCACUGCAGUUGACUUUGUGAGAAUUUGUGGUGCCUUCUCCAUCGCAAGCACUGGUGUUUUAGGACUGCAUUUGGACCUAAAAUGCAUUUUUCCAUACCCGAGACGGAGGUUCGUUCGGGAGAAAAUGGAGCAACCUAUGUGGCCUACAACAUCCAUGUUAACGGCGUCCUGCACUGCCGGGUACGCUACAGUCAACUCCUUGGCCUCCACGAACAGAUCAAGAAAGAAUAUGGCAAUAAUGUGGUGCCUGCCUUCCCUCCAAAGAAGAUCUUCACGCUGACUCCUGCUGAGGUAGAGCAGAGACGAGAACAGCUGGAGAAAUACAUGCAAGCUGUGCGCCAGGACCCCUUGCUUGGAACCAGUGAGAUGUUCAACAGCUUCUUGAGGAAAGCCCAGCAGGAGACCCAGCAGAUUCCCACAGAAGAAGUUGCUCUAGAUAUCUGCCUCUCCAAUGGCCAGAAGGUCACAGUUAACAUCUUGACCUCAGACCAGACAGAAGAUGUCCUUGAGGCUGUUGCGUCAAAGCUUGACCUCCCAGAUGACCUCGUUGGUUACUUUAGCCUUUUCCUUGUCCGAGAGGGUGUGGAUGGAGGUUUAACAUUUGUGAGGAAGCUGCAGGAGUUUGAGCUGCCUUAUGUAUCUAUCACCAGCUUGCGGAGCUCUGAAUUUCACAUACUCCUACGGAAAAGCUACUGGGACAUGGCGUAUGAUAGCGACGUAAUGGAAAACAGAGUCGGCCUGAAUUUGCUAUAUGCCCAGACAGUGUCUGACAUUGAGAGAGGCUGGAUUCUUGUCAACAAAGACCAACACAGACAGCUCAAAUCGCUGCAGGAGAAAGGCUCCAAGAAAGAGUUCAUCCGUCUAGGUCAGACACUCAAAUACUUCGGCUAUAUCAAGUUUGACCCGUGCAUAACUGACUUCCCAGAGAAGGGCUGCCAUGUCAUCGUUAGCGCCGGCAACAACGAGCUCAACUUCCAUGUUAAGCUGCCCAAUGAACAGAUGAAGGAGGGGAGCUUCAAGGUCACACGCAUGCGGUGCUGGCGGGUCACCUCCUCUCAGGUCCCGGUCGCCAACGGCACAGCCAAUCCCUGCAGUUCGGCCAAGUGUGAGGUGAAGCUGGAGCUGGCCUUCGAGUACCUGAUGAGCAAGGACCGCCUCCAGUGGGUCACCAUCACCAGUCCACAGGCUAUCAUGAUGAGUAUCUGCCUUCAGUCUAUGGUGGAUGAGCUAAUGGUGAAGAAGUCAGGCGGCAGCAUCAAAAAGAUGCUGAGGAAGCGGCACAAUGGCUCCAUCCACCGGUCAGACAGUCAGCAAGCUGUGAAAUCUCCUCCUCUUCUGGACUCCCCUGACCCAAACCGUGAACAAAUGGUUAAACUCUCAACCAAGCUGAGCUCAGUGUCCCUCCGAGGGAUCAGCGCCUCCAACUCUGCAAACGAUAUCAGCGGCAACGAUUUCCAUGGCAACUACGCCUUUGAGGGAAUUGGGGACGACGACCUGUAACCCCCUCCUUUUUUUUUUCAUAUCACUCUGAACGAUUGGGACGACAAAGAUCACAAGCUGAGCUGAGCCGAGCUGAGCGGCACGUCCGCGUCCGAUUCUGCAAGAUUGUAGCUUCCUCCUGGAGACUUCGCUGCCUUAAGCUUUCUCUCGCUCUUUUUUUUUUUCUUUCCCUACUAUAAAAGCUCAUCUUUAUAGUUUAAAGUCAUCAUACUCAAUUUAAGCUUUGUCUCUAUGCUAUGGAACUUGUGACAAGAUUUAAAUAACAUGUAAAGCUACAUCCCACAUGGGAUGCAUUACUUCUACAUGGCACGAGCCUUUUCUUUCUUAAGAUUAGGUUGUAUGUUACUGUCUCAUGAAUUUCCAAUUCUGUUUCAUUGUACAAGGGUGAAUCUUUCAUUGAUGUGUGAAAUUCUCUAACCUGGAAUUUUUGAGGUACAAAGUAAAUUAAUAUAUGAAAAAAAAGCAAAGCAGAUGAAGAAAACUUGCCAGAUGUUGGAAUUGUGCUUCGGAGGCUGUAUGAUCCUUUCAAACUCUAGAGCCAAAUGUUUAGUUAAGACCUGGCACUAGUGAUAAUUCAGCAGAACUGGAUAUGGAUAGUUAUUAAUUAUCUAGAGUCCAGUGAAUGUGUUUAUCUCAGUUGAGCAAUUAAAACUGUUAACUGUUGACAGUAUCAGCUUCAUUUUAUGGAAAUGUUUGGCUUGGCUAUAUACCAAAAUAUCAUGUACAUAGCCAAUAGCUAGUUUUCAUACAUUUAGUGAUCCUGCUCCUUUUUUGGCAUGUUAUUCAUGUGCCAGUUUAGUAAAUAAGUGUGUUUGGCUCCAUAAAAUGAUCACUAUGGUGUUUUAAUACAAAUUUCAGCUAAUGAUUGAGGCACAGCCACUCAUACUGCCUUCAAAAAUAGUCUAAUGCCUUAACCUUUACUUUUUGCCUCCUGGGUCACCUGGGGAAGUUAUACCAUUCAUUAAAAAUUAAGAAAACCAUGUUCGUCUUAGCCAGUGUUACCUAGAAUCUUGCAGAACGUCUAAGAUUGAUUGAUUUGGCUGAGCUGCUUGCACUUGCUGAACCCAUAUUUUUGCACAGUAUUACAGGUGGAGAUGGAUGUUUGAGUGAAAGGUUGAGCAUGACUUAACAUUGUGUGGAAAUUUCCAACUGGCUCUGUAAAUUCAUCUAUGAUUAUUAUUAUUAUUAAGUUUUUUUUUUUUGUUUUUUUUUUUUCCAACCAAUUUUUAAGGUUUCUCAUAAUGCCAAAUUAUAGUUUACUAAAGCAUUUUGCACAAGAUACCUAAAAAAUUAUGACAAUGUCACUUUUAUAUUAUGUACAUGCAAUUAAAAAGUAUUCUGAACAUUUACUAAUAUGUUUAUCAUCAAUAGUUUAUUGUAAUCAAAUAGAUCAAAUGUAAUCUAAGCUGUAUAGAACAAAAGUUUAACUAACAUUUAUCAUUGUUUACAGAAUUUCUAGGGGACUUUUUAGUUUAAAUGAAGUGUUUACAAAUUUCACAUCUGAUUUGUAUUGAUUGUCAUUCUUUUUCGGGUGAGUAAUGGUGCCGUGUGAAGAAUUCUUUUGGGCUUCAGUUCAUUCUUGUAAUUUGUACGUACAGUGUGUCAAUCAUCUCAGAGGAUUUAGCUGAAAAAGGUGCUUUGUCGACGUGGCUAAUGUGAUCACCGUGGCUCAUGCGAUCUCCGAACAAAGUUAGUCCAUGGAAGGUGACCAACAAAACCAACAUAUUCCACUAUUUUCUAGCAGAUGUCAUUCCAGGUUUCAGCAGGCCAGGCCCUCGCUGUUAACACCUGUUAUUCCAGAAAGCUUCAUCUCAGUGGUUCAAAAUGUAAGUCAAUGCCAAUCCACCACCAAGUGUACUCUCUUAGCUGUAAACGGCAAAUGUUCUCAGCUUAGAAAUGUCUUGUUCUUUCACUGUUAAUGCUUCUGUGUGUUGUCGGUGUGUGAUAGAGGGGUAUGGACACACUAGAUGUGUGUCACCACUGAGGCCUAUUUUGAUCAUUUCUCUUUCUCCAUAUUACUGUCAAAAAACAAGUACGUGGAAGCUGCAAAGUCAAUAAAUGUCAAUAAAUGUGUAGGUGCCAAAUUAUACUU